UAUUUUAAACAUGAUUUAUAGACUAUUUUUAAUCCUAUUAGUAGUUAAUAAUAUAUAUUUGGCUACAUGUUUUAGUGGUAAUCACAGUAAAGAUGAUCAAUGCUCCAAGUGUACGUGGUCGUUGUUUCGACGUAAAAGAGCAUAUACUGAAUAUACGAGGUGGUACGCAAAUGCUGAAACAACGCAAGAAUUUAUUGUAAAUGUGUUGGAAGAUGAUAUGACAAAUCCAAAAAUAAAACCUAUUGUAGCUGUGAAUAUAGAGCCUAUAAAAAAAGCGGAAGAAAAAAUCAUAAUAGGAGCUACGUUACCAACAACAGAAACAACUAAUGAUUUGUUUGCAGAUUAUACAAGAUUUAUAAUACCCACUCCAAUAGUGUCGCGUUAUGGAGAUCCAGUUCUAACAUCUGUAUCUCACAAAAAUUUACCUCCCGUAAAACCCAAAUUGCGCAAAGGUGAACAACAAAUUGGUCCAAUUAAAACAUAUGGUGGAGACCGAACGCAUCACGAUGAAAGUCCUCCAGCAGUACCUAAAUUUAUUUCAAGGUCUAACUCUCGUUUAAUACAGCAGUAUGCACCUUUGGCUUCGGUUAAGUUUACAAAACAAACGAGUCUGGGACCACUCACUCCACGAAAUGAAAAGAAAUUUGUCCUACAUAGAACUCAAAAAUUUCCUACACGAACAUCAUUAAUUUACACGAACGCGCAGGACGAUACUAGUACUGAUAAUGUGUACCUUUCCCGGACGUCUCUCACACCAACUACGCUAAAAUCCAACUUUAUUGAUGAUGAUGAUGAUGACGUAAAUUUCCAAAUCACAAAAGAUACUUACAGCAGCGAUUAUACAACAGCUCAUAAACAAAGAUUUGAUCUAAAAACAGCAUCAGACUCAGACUCAUCAUAUAAUGACAUAGAGGAUGAAGAUAAUAAUAUCGAAGGCACUAGUGUGAAAAUUAAAACAGAUGUUUUGGCUAAUGAAUACGAAUUUGAUGGUACUAGUCAAUUUAAUAUUGGAAAAUCUGAAAUUGAACAAAGUAUGAUACCAACUACAGCUGCUGAUGUAGAUACACCUGUAAAUGAUAAGGAUGAUGAAUAUGAAAAUGAGAUGAAAUCGCUCUCAAUACAAUUUCCAGAAAUAAUAGCUCCUCCUAAAAGCGAAGAUGUAAAGCGAAAUAAAACAAAAUGUAAUCUGAACAAAAUUAGACCGUUUUCUUUUAAUAGACCGCGUACACUUCACGAGAUUACAACGCAGCUAUUGCACUGGGCAGAAGUGAGCCCUGUAGCAAAAUUGGUAGAUAUAACCUACAGUAACUACACAGUAAUGGAAAAUCCAAUUUAUAUGAUGUUAGUGGACGACCUUAGCAGGGGUCAAAUCAUUUCUGCCAAGCAAACUGUUAUGAUCGUUGCUGGUAUCCAGGGUAGAGACCAUCACGCGGUGUCUGCUGCCUUAUACUUACUAUACCAGCUGAUAGACAAGAGCGACUCUCAUACAGACCUCCUUACCAAGUAUCGUUUCUGGAUAAUUCCUGUCUUCAAUCCUGAUGGCUACGAUUACUCCAUGACAUUUCCAAAGAGAAGGGAGUGGGCGAAAAACCUUCGUCAGGAUUGGGAUUCAUGCAAGGGUCGAGAUUCGUGCAAUGAUUGCAGCUUGUAUGGUCUCAGAUGCACAAUACACGCAUGUUAUGGUGUUAACCUCGAUCGGAAUUUCGAAUAUCAAUGGAUACCACAUGAGGAGUUGCGGUCAGAGCACGCUUGUGGUGGGCUGUACUCCGGAGCCCGGCAGCUGAGCGAGGCUGAGACCAGGGCCUUCACGCAAUUCUUACACGAACAGAAGACUCCUUUGUACACUUUCAUUGCCUUCAAAGAGGGUGAUGUACUUGGCGUGAUGUAUCCAUAUUCCCAUACAAAAAAGAAAAGAGCUUUUGAUCAUAUCUAUAGACAGCGAGCCCUACGUGCAGCCGCAGCUGCCUACAGCAUCAGCAGUAGACCCUAUGUCGCUGGACAGACUUCAGAGUUUCUACCUCUGUAUGCUGGUGGCAUCGAAGACUGGGUGGACGGCCAUCUGGGUAUUGAUAAUACUUAUACCGUCAUGUUGUACCGACCCACCGACUCCUACAGCUCAAAGUUAAUAACAGAGAGGGUAGUGCACGAGGCUUAUGCCGCUGUUCACACGCUUCUUCUGGAAAACGUGGAGCCUUUAGGACCCCCGCCAGUUGUCCUGACGAGAGCGCACGGUUCCAUCCGGACAUAUUCUAUUAACGUUAUUUUAUUACCUUUCUGUUUUACGUUUAUAUUAAAAUAUUAAUAAAAUGUUAUAGUUAGUGAUGCCUGAACAA